AAAAAAAAAAAAAAGAACACUUGCAGUAGCCACUGGGCAAAGUGUAGCAAAAAUCUGAAUUUGAAGCUUAAGGCAAUGCGCGGGAAGUACCGUUUAAGACAGUUUCACAUCAGCGCACAGCAGAACGAAGCACAGACCUUAAAUGAACUUCGAAGCAUAGAAAAGAAUCCAUACCCAUCCAAGAAAACUCUGUCUUCAAUGCAUAAAACCAAGAACAAAGCGCCACCAAAAGUCGGAGACUCGGACAUUAAGGAAUUCAACAUGACCAUUACCAAUUACAUGCGCAAUGGACGGUGCGACUCCGCUGUCCGUGUCUUCAACACCAUGCCUCGUCGAAGUUCUGUUACCUACAACGCCAUGAUAUCUGGGUAUUUGAUGAAUGAAAGAUUUGAUGUUGCCAGGGAGGUGUUUGAGGAAAUGCCCGAGAGAGAUUUGGUUUCUUGGAAUGUGAUGAUCAGUGGGUAUGUUAGGAACAGGAGUUUGAGUGCUGCAAGGAAGUUAUUCGAACAAAUGCCGGAGAAAGAUGUUGUUUCAUGGAAUACUAUGUUAUCUGGGUACGCUCAGAAUGGGUGCGUGGAUGAGGCAAGGAGGAUUUUCGAUAGGAUGCCCAAUAAGAACGCAAUUUCCUGGAAUGGUUUGCUUGCUGCGUAUGUGCAGAAUGGAAGGAUGGAGGAGGCUGUUAGGUUGUUUGACUCCAAGAAUGAUUGGGAGUUGGUUUCAUGGAAUUGUUUGAUGGGUGGGUUUGUCAAGAGGAAGAGGAUUGGGGAUGCAAGGCGUCUUUUUGAUAGAAUGCCCAUGAAGGAUGAGAUUUCCUGGAAUACUAUGAUCACAGGUUAUGCCCAGAAUGGAGAGAUAGCAGAAGCACGAAGAUUGUUUGAAGAAUCUCCUAUUCGAGAUGUGUUUACAUGGACAGCAAUGGUGUCUGGGUAUGUGCAAAAUGGCAUGGUAGAUGAAGCUAGAAUAAUUUUUGACGAAAUGCCAGAUAAGAAUGCAGUAUCCUGGAAUGCAAUGAUUGCAGGAUAUGUGCAAACCAAGAGAAUGGACAAGGCAAGGGAACUGUUUGAAGCAAUGCCUUGUCGGAAUGUUAGUUCAUGGAAUACAAUGGUCACUGGGUAUGCCCAAAGUGGUUGUCUUGAUCAAGCCAGGAACUUGUUUGAUAGGAUGCCUAAGCGUGAUAGCAUUUCUUGGGCUGCCAUGGUUGCAGGUUACUCUCAAAGCGGUUAUAGUGAAGAGGCAUUAGGCCUUUUUGUACUAAUGCAAAGAGAUGGUGAAAAGCUGAAUAGGUCCUCAUUUUCCUGUUCUCUGAGCACAUGUGCUAAUACAGCUUCUUUGGAAUUGGGCAAGCAGUUGCACGGGCGGCUGGUUAAGGCAGGAUAUGAGACAGGGUGCUUUGUGGGGAAUGCACUUCUUUUGAUGUAUUGCAAAUGCGGAAGCAUAGAUGAAGCAUAUAGUGCAUUUGAAGAAAUAGCAGAAAAGGAUGCUGUCUCAUGGAACACAAUGAUUGCUGGUUAUGCCAGACAUGGAUUUGGCAAAGAGGCAUUGAGGGUUUUUGAGUCAAUGAAAGCAGCAGGUACUAAACCAGAUGAUGCUACCAUGGUUGCUGUAUUGUCUGCUUGUAGUCACACUGGAUUAGUAGAAAGAGGCAAACAAUAUUUUUAUUCAAUGAACAGAGAUUAUGGUAUAACAGCAAAUUCACGACAUUAUACUUGCAUGGUUGAUCUUCUUGGUCGUGCUGGGCUGUUGGAAGAGGCCCAGAAUUUAAUGAGAAAUAUGCCUUUUGAACCAGAUGCUGCAACAUGGGGUGCUUUACUUGGUGCGAGCAGAAUUCAUGGAAAUACUGAGUUAGGUGAAAAGGCUGCUGAGAUUAUUUUUGAAAUGGAGCCCGAUAAUUCUGGGAUGUAUGUCCUUCUCUCUAAUUUAUAUGCAGCUUCGGGCAGAUGGGCUGAUGUUGGUAAGAUGAGACUAAAAAUGAGGGACAAAGGUGUAAAGAAAGUGCCUGGUUAUAGUUGGCUUGAAGUGCAGAACAAGAUUCACACAUUUUCAGUUGGGGAUUGUCUUCACCCAGAUAAGGAUAAAAUUUAUGCCUUUUUAGAAGAAUUAGAUUUGAAAAUGAAGCGUGAAGGGUACAUCUCUUCCACCAAAUUGGUCUUACAUGAUGUUGAAGAGGAGGAGAAAGAGCACAUGCUCAAGUACCACAGUGAGAAGUUAGCUGUGGCCUAUGGGAUUCUAUCUAUACCAGCAGGAAGGCCGAUACGUGUGAUAAAAAAUUUGCGUGUUUGUGAAGACUGUCACAAUGCCAUAAAAUGCAUUUCCAAGAUUUUCGGAAGAUCGAUAAUUGUAAGGGACAAUAACCGCUUUCAUCACUUUAGCAGCGGUUCAUGUUCUUGUGGGGACUACUGGUGAGUCCAAAGAUUGCCUAUGGAACUUUUGCUGCUCCUAGAAGGAAAUAAUGGAAGUGGGUGUUGCUGCUGAUUGAGAAAGAAAAGUUUCUUCUGGAAAUGCCUCUCGAAAGCAGUUUGAUUGAUUUCGAAAAGAUAAAGAUUUGAAGUUAAUGGCUGCAUUAUGCAAUCAAGUUAGUCCUCUCUUUGGAUCAGGAAAGCUGAUAUGAAUGCACUUCUUGACUGUCAUGACAUGUAAGAGAGCUUCUCUUAUUUGUAGGAUCAGUCUAAUUCUACUAAGAGAUCUGUAUAUACCAGGUUUAAGGACCUCUAGAAGUAAAAUUUGGGUGAUCAACAUGCGGAGAAAAAGUGAAAUGAAAAGAAGCUUAGAGCUUUUCUCUAAUACAAAUACAGGCAGGCAAUGGCUGCACAUUGUUCUUCAAAUAAGGUUAAUCUCCUACUACAUCUUCAAAAUUUGAAUAUUUGGAUUUGAGCAUACCUUUGAUUUCUAGAUUCUUUUUUGUACAUAUGAUCUCUUCUGCUGACAAAUCACUGGAAAGUGAAAUGAUGGGUGCCAGAAAUCACUCGGAAGCAAAAUUCAUUGCUGGAAAAACUAGAUAUCAUUUAUAUCCAUAUUUCCAACCAAAUGAAUUAUCAAGAAUAUGCUUUCAGCAAUUAUUUUUGAGUUAAUUUGAAGCAAAAUAUUUAUUGGUGAGGAGCUUAGCAUUGAUUUGCCGCAGCAUGAUCUAGAGGGCUAAUUGUCCUGUUCUCAUAUGGAAUCGGUGGAUGGAGCUUGUUCCUUACUGCUUUUAGGUGAAUUUCUUCAUAUUUGAUCAAAGGUUGCAACACAAUCGCCUAAAAUUUGAUACGGAAUACCGUAGCCAUGCAGUUCCAUAGUUGCAGAUGUUUCUCGAGGAACCAGGAGAGGUGCAGAAGGGUGCAAUCUCAUACCUUCUUUAAUGGUGCAUUUCAAGUAAUUAAUUCAUCAUGAUUAUAUCAUCACCUUCUACCUUUGAUUCUUACCCGCCACUCUUCACACCUCCUCUUGAACUCUCUUGUCACAUUCGGGUUUCUCAUCAGUUCCAGCAUUGUCCAAUCUAGUGCUGUUUGCGUUCCGU